AUGGUGUCCCCAAUCGCACACGUUACAGCGCUCGCAGUGGGCACGUUCUGCAUUUCAUUGGGCUGUAUGUGCUACAGUCUGGUGCCAUCUGAUAUGCCGACCGGCAACACCGACAGCAUGGCCGAUAUAGUGGGUAUCGUACUGCACACUCACUUCCGGACACCAUUCGCCACAACGUUCGUCACGAUGCGUACCGCCACGCGGCAGGGACAGUGGCGUCUGCAGGAUCUGCUCGAACGACUGCUGGUCCAACACGGCAGAGGCCAGCUGGUGGUGCAGUUGGAGGGGAUUGAAUCGCGCGGCCGGCAGCAGCCACCCUGGUCGCGUAGUUUGCUGCUGGCGGAGAGUUACGAUGCACUGCGCACCGUGUUCGCGGAGGUAACGCUGGACCGGUUCGACUUCGCCGGACGCUAUCUGAUCGUGCUGGAGGACGCACAGGUAACGCUUGCCACGGUCGAUCGCAUCUUUCACGAGCUGUGGGUGAGGCAGAUUGUGAAUGUGGUGGUUGCACUGCGCCCGGCCGACGAUGACCGUACCACUGGACCGGUGCAGCUCUGGACGUACUAUCCGUUUUCGCCCGGGUUGUGCCGCAUCCCGAAACCGUACCUACUGUUUACCUGGCCGCAAGACACCGUCCUGUACGGGGUUGACUUCUAUCCACGUAAGAACGUACAGUUUCAUGGGUGCCCGUUGCGCGUCGGCAGCUUCGAGACGCGCCCAUUUACGGUGUUGACGGCCGGCGCCGGUAUUUCCGUUGGGGCCGGGCCGGUUCUGUCCGGGUUCGAGGGUGAUCUGCUGCACAGUCUGGCCGGACGGUUUAACUUCGGUGUGAAUGUGCGGGUGCCGCCACGCUCGCAGCAGUGGGGUGAUGCCGCUUUCGAGAACAGUACCGGCAUGAUGCGCAUGAUCUACACGGAGGAGGUUGACUUUGGCAUCUCCUGUCUCGGGGUUUCGUACGAGCGUAGCGCGAUGUUGAAGGCGGGCAAGGUACACUUCACCACCGAGCUGGUGGUGGUCGUACCACCCGGCACACCGUACACCGCGUUUGAGAAGCUGUUUCAACCGUUCCAAAUCACCAUCUGGCUGGCAACAGGGCUUUGCAUCGGGAUCGGCCUUCUGGUGAUUGCCUCGCUGCAACUAAUGCCGAACGAUGGGACGCGUGCCACCGUACGACGUUAUAUUGCCGGUGAACGGCAGCUCCAUUCGCCCGUGCUGAACAUUUUGCGCAUUCUUCUAGCUGCUCCGCUACCAUUCACUCCUACCGGGACCUUUCCCCGGACACUAUUGUCCCAGUGGAUGUUAGUCUCGCUACUGCUGAACCUACUCUACCAGGGUUCACUCUUCCAGUAUCUGCAGCGUGCCUCCACCCAUCCACCGAUGAUGACGCUGGCCGAGAUUGACCAUUCCGGUGCACUGUACUAUAUCAGCGAGUCGGCCCGGCGCUAUUUCCAGCAGUAUCCUCACCGACUGCGCCGUCUACGAUACUUUCAUAACGUGCCGGACAGUAUCGCGGCCCGGUUGCGCUGGAUGGGCGCCCAUCCGAACGAUCCGAACGUGGCGAUGUGUACGCGUGACCACGUCGCGUACUACAACGCAAAGCACGCCCGACAGGCUGACCGUGGGCGGCUGCUGAUUGCACGCGAAACGAUGGCACUUUACACGGUUACCAUAUUCUACCCGAAGCGUUCCAUGCUGACGGCAAGCUUCGACGAGCACGUCGAGCGGAUCGACUCGUCCGGCUUGCUCAAGUACUGGUCCGCCCGGUACGGUGACUACCAUUUCUUUGGCACGCAACAAUCAGCCCUCCGCACGGAACCGUCGCCGAUCAAUGUGGCACAACUGGCCGGUGCAUUGCAGCUGCUGCUCGGGAUGCUGCUAGCCGCCAUCUUGCUAUUUUUCGCGGAACUUGUUUGGGCACGACACACACGCGUUGGAACACAGGAUGCAGGACACUCAAACGAUCGUUAG